GCACGUGACGAAGCUAAAGGUGUUAGUGUUUUGGCGGUUGCAGGAGAACGCAGAGAGGAUUUUUUACUGAUUGUGAGUGAAACGAAGAAACAUGGCGGGAGGAAAAGCCGGUAAAGAUUCAGGAAAAGCUAAAGCGAAAGCCGUGUCACGUUCAGCUCGUGCUGGUUUGCAGUUUCCAGUCGGUCGUAUUCACAGGCACUUGAAAAACAGAACAACGAGCCAUGGACGUGUAGGAGCAACGGCCGCAGUCUACAGUGCAGCUAUUUUAGAGUAUCUAACGGCUGAGGUGCUAGAGUUGGCUGGUAAUGCCAGUAAAGACUUGAAGGUGAAACGUAUCACUCCCCGUCAUUUACAGUUAGCAAUCCGAGGUGAUGAAGAAUUGGAUUCUCUAAUCAAGGCAACAAUUGCUGGUGGUGGUGUCAUUCCUCACAUCCACAAAUCUCUUAUCGGCAAGAAAGGAUCACAAAAGGCUACAUAAACCAUGGAGUGUUUGUUGUAUAUUUGGUGUGGUUGCUAGUCCUUAAAAUCAUUAAAUUUUAACACCCUUCCCUCUGCUCUCAAAAACACAAAAAAAAUUAUCAAAAUAACCGGGAAAACCUGUCCCUGCCGCCACCAGCCCCACCCCUUCCCAAUACGAGAACAUAGUUGUCAUAUGUAGCUAUAUUGUCAUAAGUCCGAGAGAUUUUAUUAACUUCCCAUUUUCUCUUGUAUUUUUUAUUUCCAUUCUCUUCACUAUUUGUAUAUCACUAUACAACAAUUUUGAAACUUCCAAACCAAUCAAUCUGGUGUUUUUAUAAGACACUGUAUUGAUCACCUCCACUCAUCUUCUAAUGGAUGGAGUAAAUAAGAUUUAUCAUGCGUCUUCAUUACACAAAUAAAUUUUAUCAUUCACA